GAAAAUUUUCCUACAGGGUUGCAAUCCGAGAGUUGAUUACCGUGGUAGUACAGGGGAAGGGGGUGAUAUUUUAUACCAGUAUUAUAUAGUAAGUAAUUUAGUCUUGUUCACUGUUUGUUGUAGGAUGGAAUUAAUGCACUACAUGUAGCAAGUUACAAUGGACAAGUCGACAUAGUAAAAUUGUUAUUAGAUGCCUCUGUUGUCAAAGAUACCCGCACCAAGGGUGGCAACACAGCUCUUCAUAUUGCUGCAGAAAAAGGACAUCCUGAAGUUGUUAAACUUCUCCUUGAUGCUGGUUUACAAAGGUAUGCAGUGAAUGAGGAUAAAAAGAUUCCACAAGAUAUGGCAAGGGAGGCUGGUCAUGACAAUAUUGUGAAACUUCUAGAAGAAACCUCAAAAGAUGAUGCAAAUAAAAAAGACGAUACUCUGUAUACAAAGUUGGAAGCUGCCGGGGCUGUGGGUGGUAAGGGCAUUCAGCUCCCAUCACGUCCUCUACUAUUUGGCAACAGUAAAAUAGAUCGACUGUUCCAAUCAUUGAGUCUCUCUUCAGCACAUCGUCCAAGGUUCGAUAGACUUGGUCGUCUACCAAUGCGAGAAUUUCCUGGGUUUGAUGACAUGCCAAGUUUUGAUCAACAUGGUCGUCUACUAGAGCUGGGAUUUCUAGGAUUAGCUGAUCUGGAUGAAUCAACAAGUGGACCAGUUAAAUUGGUGCCUGAUAUAGGAGAAACUGACGACAAAAGAGAUGACAACUAUCCCUGAUAUGCGAUACACAACGAACACUUUUACAUUAUUGAUGAAGAAAUUCCUG